AGAGGGAGAGAGUGAAGUGAAGCGCGCCAAGGUACAGAGACUCACAGUCAUGGCGGCUCAAGCGCUCUCUUUACGUCGCAUCCCUUGGUUACCUUGGCAGCCACCUGUCCGCCGUCUCCGCCAUUUCGGCCGCGUUCGGUGUUUCUCCACCUCCGCCUCGGCUGCUCCGUCUCCUCCUCUUCCUUCUUCUCCGACGCCCUUCUUUCCGAAGAAGAAUCAGACUCUGGAGCUCGUCUGCGAGAGCUUGGCCUUCCAGGGUAAAGGUGUCUGCAGGGUUGAGGGAACAGGAUUCGUCGUGCUCUGCGAUCGCGCCCUCCCUGGCGAGCGCUUCGUCGGCCGCGUCUCCCGCAAGAAGGGAAGCCAUGCCGAGGUGAAGAAGAUCUCCACGAUAUCGCCCCACAGGGACGUUGUGGCUGCGCCGUGCGAGUACGCCGGCAAAUGUGGGGGUUGCCGCACGCAGAACCUCCUAUACGAAGCGCAGGUGGCUGCGAAGGAGCAGCAGGUCAGGGACCUGAUCAUCCGGGUUGGCAGGUUUCCGGAGGAGUCGCUCGCUCUGAAGCCCAUCGUCCCUUGCUCUAUCAAAUAUAAUUACAGGAACAAGAUGGAAUUUUCUUUUGGAACGAAGAGAUUGAUCACAAGUGAUGAAGAUCAGGACGGCCAUGCUCUGGGGCUUCACGCGCCCGGCUUCUUUGAUAAGAUCCUCCACGUCGAGAAAUGCUUGUUGCAGAGUGAGGCCGCUAAUGAGGUUCUUUCAGUGGUGCAGAGUUGUUGGAGGGAUCCUCACUUAGGCCUUUCACCAUAUGAUGCCCGAACACACAAAGGUUAUCUUAAGCAUCUUAUGAUACGAACUGGCAGAGGUAUCAAUACUGGGCUGCCGGAGUUGAUGGUUAACUUUGUGACUUCAUCUUACAAUCCAGAGCUACUAGAGCCACUUGUUAGCAGGAUUUCAACUAUUCCUGAAGUGGUUAGCAUUGUAAACAAUGUCAACACAUCUGUUGGCAAUACAUCUACCGGGGAAGAGGAAUACACUUUGUAUGGAAAAUCCACCAUUAUGGAGACAUUAAGAGGACUAACUUUUCAAAUAUCAGCAAAUUCUUUCUUCCAAACGAAUUCUCAUCAGGCUGAACUUCUUUACAAGCUGAUAGAAGAAUGUGCUGGCCUCAGAGGGGAUGGCUCAGAAAUAGUUCUCGACCUAUUUUGUGGAACGGGAACAAUUGGCCUCACCAUGGCCGAGAAAGUUAAGCAUGUUUAUGGCUACGAGGUGGUGGCACAAGCUGUCUCUGAUGCUCACCGGAAUGCAGAACUGAAUGGGAUACAUAAUGCUACAUUCAUCCAAGGGGAUCUAAACAAGAUCAGUGAUAAUUUUGGUGAUAACUUUCCUCAUCCUGAUAUUGUAAUUUCAGACCCAAAUCGUCCAGGGAUGCACAUGAAGCUUAUAAGGUUUCUACUGAAACUGAAGGCCCCACGCAUUGUUUAUGUUUCAUGUAAUCCUGCUACAUGUGCUCGUGACCUGGAUUACCUGUGUCAUGGUGUGGAGGAGCGGAAUCUUGAAGGUUGCUACCAGUUAAAAAGCGUUCAGCCAGUGGACAUGUUUCCUCAUACACCACAUAUUGAAUGCAUCUGCUUGCUGGAACUUCGUUGACAUCUGCCUUGAAUAUCUCCUUAAGUGAACAGUUUGGUGUUGGGUGUUGCAUGAGGAUGGUUCAAGAUAAUGAAGAAGGGCUAUAUCAGUGGAUUGUAGAUUGAGUGCCGACGAGCGACAGCAGUAGUCACUGGGAUCUAAGCUACAGGCACAUAAAAAGCGUAGAAGUGCGUGUAGGAUGUUGAGAUCUCGAUAAACAAGUUGAGACCUUUCAAACCUGUGAUCCUUUGUCAGUUCGUGACGUUCUGUAUGAGAUUCACAGGUCAAGGCCCAUUUAACCUGAAAACGCUGUUUAGGUGGUUCAUGGCUUUGUAUUACAAUUUACACAUCAGUACUGAUAAUGUUGUCCAUGCUUGACCAAUUUCUAACGUUCUGGCAUGGGUACUUAAUGAUUAGGCAAGGGUUAUGGCACCAAGAUGGAUGGUCAGGCUGAUCCUGUAGCCCAAUGAGCAAUGAAACCACGAAGCCUCUCCACGAGUGAAUUCAGCUUCUCUGGGUUGGACAACUGAAGCCUGAAGCCAACUCUAUCUAAGAAUGGUUCCACGUUGUCUUCUAAUUACUUCUUUGUGCGGGUUGAACUGGCAGAACUGACGUACGGUUCAAAAAUUUCUUAGUUGCAAUACUUCAGUUAAGCCAAGAGACAUCGUGUCUCAUUGUAUUGA